AUGUUAUCGUGGAAAUUAAUUUCGGUCAGCUCUUUCUUUCCGUUAGAUCUCUUAGUACCGCAUCGUCACCAUGAUUUCCCACUACUCAGUUUUAACUCUGCAAUCAGCGCAGGUCUCCGUUCGCAGGCCUCACAAACCCAACUGAUGAACAUCAUACACGCUACUGUCCCUUGAUUUGGUUUAUCUGGCGCUAAGGAUGGCGACUUAAACAAGCACGGAAAGCUUGAUCGUUGCGCCGUGAGUGGAGGCAUUCGAGUUAUCUAUUAUACAGAGCUGACUAGAGGUUCUCGCUAUCCU